GUCCCUGUCUCUUUAUCCCAGCCCUCCAGGCUCCCCGCCUCCCGCUGACGUCUCGGGACUCCCCGCCCCACUGCCUGGGAAGUGGCGGAUCCGGUUUGGUUCAGGGCGGGUCUGGCGGUCCGCGAAGGUGAAUGCAGGGAGUCUGGCGGCGGCAGCAUGGUGGCCCCCGAGAAGGAGCAGAGCUGGAUCCCCAAGAUCUUCAGGAAGAAGAUCUGCACUACCUUCAUAGUUGACCUCUCGGACCCGGGAGGGACCCUGUGCCAGUGUGGGCGCCCCCGGAAUGCCCACUCCUCGGUGGCUGUGGAGGACGCAUUUGGGGCAGCUGUGGUGACUGUAUGGGAUAGCAACGUGCACACCACGGAGAAGCCCACCGAUGCCUAUGGGGAGCUGGAGUUCGUGGGCGCAGGGCGCAGGCCCAGCAACUUCCUUCGGCUGUCUGACCGCACGGAUCCAGCAACUAUUUAUAGUUUGGUCACCCGAACUUGGGGCUUCCGAGCCCCAAACCUGGUGGUGUCGGUCCUGGGGGGUUCGGGGGGCCCCGUCCUCCAGACCUGGCUGCAGGACCUGCUGCGACGUGGGCUAGUGCGGGCCGCCCAGAGCACAGGGGCCUGGAUCGUCGCUGGGGGGCUGCACACUGGCAUCGGCAGGCACGUGGGCGUGGCGGUGCGGGACCACCAGACGGCCAGCACUGGGGGCAGCAAGGUGGUGGCCAUGGGCAUGGCGCCCUGGGGCGUGGUCCGGAACAGAGAAACCCUCAUCAACCCCAAGGGUUCCUUCCCCGCAAAGUACCGGUGGCGCGGCGAUCCCGAGGACGGAGUCGAGUUCCCCCUGGACUACAACUACUCGGCCUUCUUCCUGGUGGACGAUGGCACCCACUGCUGUGCGGGCGGCGAGGACCGAUUCCGCCUGCGCUUCGAGUCCUACGUGGCGCAGCAGAAGACGGGCGUGGGCGGGACCGGAAUCGACAUCCCAGUCCUUCUUCUCCUGAUAGAUGGUGAUGAGAGGAUGCUGAAGCGGAUAGAGGAUGCCACCCAGGCCCAGCUCCCCUGCCUCCUGGUGGCUGGCUCUGGGGGUGCUGCUGACUGCCUGGCUGAGAUCCUGGAAGACUCUCUGGCCCCAGGGAGUGGGGGCACAAGGCGAGGUGAAGCCCGAGAUCGGAUCAGACGUUUCUUCCCCAAAGGGGACCCUGAGGUUCUGCAGGCCCAGGUGGAGAGGAUCAUGACCCGGAAGGAGCUGCUGACCGUCUAUGCGUCAGAGGAUGGCUCCGAGGAGUUCGAGACGAUUGUUUUGAAGGCCCUCGUGAAUGCCUGUCGGAGCUCUGAGGCCUCAGCCUACCUGGAUGAGCUGCGUUUGGCUGUGGCUUGGAACCGCGUGGAUAUCGCCCAGAGUGAACUCUUCCGGGGGGACAUCCAGUGGCGGUCCUUUCACCUGGAGGCGUCGCUCAUGGACGCCCUGCUGAACGACCGCCCAGACUUCGUGCGCCUGCUCAUCUCCCACGGCCUCAGCCUCGGCCACUUCCUGACGCCCGCGCGCCUGGCCCAGCUCUACAGCGCGGCGCCUGCGCACUCGCUCAUCCGAGCGCUCCUGGACCAGGCGGCCCACGGGGUGGCCACCAAAUCCCCGGGGCCUAAGGGGGGCGCGGACGAGCUCCGGCCGCCUCAGGUGGGACAAGUACUGAGGACGCUGCUGGGGGAGACGUGCGCGCCCAAGUACCCCACCGUAAACGCCCGGGACCCGCACACCGGCAAAGGCUGCAGGGAGAGUGUUUCUCUGCUCUCGGAUUGGGCCACCUCAGAACCCUCACUGGAAGCCAGCUUUGGCCAGGCGCCCUGGAGCGAUCUGUUCCUCUGGGCACUGCUGCUCAACAGAGCCCAGAUGGCCAUGUACUUCUGGGAGAUGGGCUCCAAUGCCGUGUCCUCUGCUCUCGGGGCCUGCCUGCUGCUCCGGGUGAUGGCUCGCCAGGAAGCUGAGGCUGAGGAAGCGGCCCGGCGGAAGGAACUGGCGGCCAAGUUUGAAAGCAUGGGUGUCGACCUCUUUGGAGAGUGUUACCGCAGCAACGAGCACAGGGCCUCCCGUCUACUCCUCCGCCGCUGUCCCCUCUGGGGUGAUGCCACCUGCCUCCAGCUUGCCAUGCAGGCGGACUCUCGUGCCUUCUUUGCCCAGGAUGGGGUUCAGUCUCUGCUGACACAGAAGUGGUGGGGGGAGAUGGACAGCACCACCCCCACCUGGGCCCUGGUUCUCGCCUUCUUCUGCCCCCCACUAAUCUACACCAACCUCAUCACCUUCAGGAAACCAGAAGAGGAGGCCACACAGAGGACCCCUGACAUCGGCAUGGACACGGGCAUUAAUGGAGAGGGUCCCUUUGGGCCCAGGGACCCCACGGAGAAGGUGCAGCAGCCGGGCCACAGGGGGCGCUGCUCAGGGCGCUGCUGCCUGAGCCGCUGGUUGCGCUUCUGGGGGUCGCCAGUGACCGCCUUCCUGGGCAACGUGGUCAGCUACCUGCUGUUCCUGCUGCUCUUCGCGCGCGUGCUGCUGCUCGACUUCCAACCCGGGUCACCCUGCGCCUGGGAGCUGCUGCUCUACUUCUGGGCCUUCACGCUGCUGUGCGAGGAGCUGCGCCAGGGCCUGGGCGGUGGCUGGGGCAGCCUGGCCAGCGGGGGACCCCGGCCUGGCCACAUCCCGCUGCGCCACCACCUGCAGCGCUACCUGGCCGACACCUGGAACCAGUGUGACCUGCUGGCCCUCACCUGCUUCCUGCUGGGCGUGGGCUGCCGGCUGACCAUGGGUCAGUAUGACCUGGGCCGCACCGUGCUGUGCAUCGACUUCAUGGUCUUCACGCUGCGGCUGCUGCAUAUCUUCACUGUGAACAAGCAGCUGGGUCCCAAAAUCGUCAUCGUGAGCAAGAUGGUGAAGGAUGUCUUCUUUUUCCUCUUCUUCCUCGGUGUCUGGCUGGUCGCCUACGGUGUGGCCACCGAGGGGCUGCUAAGGCCCCAAGACCGUGAUCUCCCCAGUAUCCUGCGUCGCGUCUUCUACCGGCCCUACCUGCAGAUCUUUGGGCAGAUCCCCCAGGAGGACAUGGAUGUGGCUCACAUGUUGCUCACGAACUGCUCGUCUGAGGAGGGCGCCUGGGCUCAGCCCGAGGGGCGCCUAGCAGGCUCCUGCGUCUCCCAAUACGCGAACUGGCUGGUGGUGCUGCUCCUCAUCGUCUUCCUGCUCGUGGCCAACAUCCUGCUGCUCAAUUUGCUCAUCGCCAUGUUCAGCUACACGUUUGGCAAAGUACAGGGCAACAGCGACCUCUACUGGAAAGCACAACGCUACAGCCUCAUCCGGGAAUUCCAUUCUCGGCCUGCGCUGGCCCCGCCCUUUAUAGUCAUCUCCCACGUGCGACUUCUCAUCAAGCGUCUGCGCAGGAGCCGCCGGUCCAGCAUACCUCCCUCUCCCGCCUUCGAGCACUUCCGUGUGCGUCUCUCGAAGGAAGCCGAGCGGACACUGCUGACGUGGGAGUCAGUGCAGAAGGAGAGUUUCCUGCUGGCCCGUGCGCGGAACAAGCGGGACAGCGACACUGAGCGACUGAAGCGAACGUCUCAGAAGGUGGACACAGCACUGAAGCAACUGGGGCAGAUCCGGGAGUAUGAUCAGCGUCUGAAGGGGCUGGAGCGGGAGGUCCAUCACUGUAGCCGUGUCUUGGAGUGGGUGGCCGAGGCCCUAAGCCGCUCUGCCAUGCUGCCACCAGGUGGGCCACCGCCCCCUUCCAGGCCUGGGUCCAAAGACUGAAUGCUGCUGGUCUUCACAGAGUGGCCCCCAGUGUCCUGCCCUAGAUCAAGGCCCUGAUGGGGCCACCUCUGUGCCUUGUCUCUCAGCUGGACCCUAGGCUCCUGGACCAUAGUGGGGACACCUUAGGAAGUGUUGCCCAUGCGAGCCACAGCAGGCCCGGCUCCUCCCAGUACCAGCCCCACUCUGGGAGGAUCAGACUGCAGCCCGAGCUGCCAGUCCUUGGAGGAUCCUGCCCCAAGUGGGGGACACAGGAGGGUCCUUGGGGACUACUGACAGGGACCACUGACCUCAUUCCUAGCUUCCCCACACUGGGGAAAUAAAGCCUUUGAGAUCA